AUGUUUUCAAAUUCAUCACCUCAAAAAUCUAAUAAUCACAGUAACCAAAUAAAUCAAACUUCAAUGAAUUAUCAUAAUUUGCAACAAGAUUCUAGAAAAAGACAAAACAAAAGAGAUGAUGCAAUAAGAAGAAGAAUUGAACAUGAUUUAAAUAAAAAGAAAAAAAAUGGUGGUAAAAUAACUAGACAUAAAAAGGCUAUACCAGGAACAGUUUUAUCAUUAAAACCAAGUGAUCCUAUUAUUUGUAAAACUUCUGCUACUGUAUAUGAAGUAUCACAAAUGAUGACAGCAAGAAGAGAAAAUUGUGUUUUAGUAGUAAAUGAUUUAGGAGAAUUAUUAGGUAUAUUUACUGCAAAAGAUUUAGCUUUUAGAAUAGUUGGUUCUGGUUUAAAUGCAAAUUCAGUUACUAUAGAUCAAAUUAUGACAUCAGAUCCAAUUUGUGCUAUAGCAAAUAAUCCUGCUUCAGAAGCUCUUACAAUGAUGGUAGAAAGAGGUUUUAGACAUUUACCUGUUUUAGAUAAUGAUCAUCAAAUUGUUGGUAUAUUGGAUAUAACAAAAUGUUAUGCUCAACAAAUGGAAAAAUUAGAAAGAAUGCAUGCAAGUUCUAAAAAAUUAUAUGAAGCUUUAGAUUCUGUUCAUACUGAAAUUGGAAUGAAAGAUCAACCUCAACAUAUUUUUCAAUAUUUUGAAACUUUAAAAAGUAAAAUGAAUGGUCCAACUUUAGAUAAUGUUUUAGAUUUUACAACAGAACCAAUAUAUACUAGUGUUAAAGCUUCAGUUUAUGAUGCAACAGUUUUAAUGAAGGAAAAUAAAACCACUGCAGUAUUAGUUAAAGAUACAAAUGAAGAAGUUGCUGGUAUUUUUACAUCAAAAGAUGUUGUGUUAAGAGUUAUUGCUGCAGGUUUAGAUCCUAAAAAAUGUUCAAUUGUAAGAGUUAUGACCCCACAACCAGAUGUUGCUCAUAUAAAUCUACCUAUACAACAAGCCUUGAGGCAAAUGUUUGAAGGUCAUUAUUUAAAUUUACCUGUAGUUGGAGAUGAUGAUGAUAUAAUUGGAAUUGUUGAUGUAUUAAAAUUAACUUAUGCUACAUUAAAUCAAAUAAAACAAUUAGAAGCAAAAGAAUUACCUAUUUCAUUAGAUAACACAUCACCACAAAAUAACGAAGGACCAGCAUGGAAUAAAUUUUGGACUUCAUUGGAUGAUUCAGAAUCUGCUCAUUCAGAUUCUUUAAUGGACGAAAGUGGUGCUGCUAGUAGUGGAGCUCCUGAAAUAACCCCAUCUGAAUUUCAACAAUUUAAUGUUGAUAUAAAACCUUCGGAUUCAGUUAGUUAUGUUGAUUCAUUAAAGGGAAAAGAUUCUGGAGAACUUCCCUUUAUAUUUAAAUUUAAAUCCCCAGCCAUUGAAGGUAGAGUUCAUCGUAUUACUUUAAAUGCAAGUGACGGUAUAAUAAAAUUGAGAGAAUUAAUUGAUUCAAAAUUGAAUGAGAAAGAUUAUCAAAUUACUGGAAAAGAUUAUGGAAUAAGUUAUGUUGAUGAUGAAGGAGAUGUUGUAUCAAUAACAUCAGAUAAUGAUUUAAUUGAAUGUGUUCGUAUAAAUGCAAAAUUAAAAAAUGAAAAAGCUGAUUUAUAUAUCCAUAAUCCUAAUAAGCAAGCGUCUAUUGAUGAAAUAAAACCAAUUAAAAAAUCUGAUACCACAAAUCUUACACUUAUACCAGGUAUUGCUAAUGAGAUUUUGAUUCCUGGUGUUUUGGCAGUUUUAACAUCUUCAAUUAUUAUAGGUAUCACUUUAAGUAGAAAAAUUAAAUAA